ACAGAAAAAUGUGUGGUUAUGGUGUCAUAUUGUUUAUAUUUUACACAAUAAAUUGUUGAAAUAAUACCUACAUAAACUUUAUUAAAAAAUUUAAUGCAGCAUGGAAAAUUUAGAAGAUUCGUUAAAUAAAUUAGAGGUAGAAGAUAGUGGAUCAGAAAGUUCAACUGACUCUUCAAGUGAAGAAGAAGAUGCAGUUCCUACUUUCAAAGUCGCAAUGUGGGACUUUAACCAGUGCGAUCCUCGAAAAUGCUCAGGUCGCAAACUGGCUCGACUAAACCUAAUAAAAUCCCUAAAAAUUAAGCAAAAAUUUCCCGGUUUAGUUUUAACCCCAACCGCCGACAAACGCGUAAGUCCGGCCGAUCGAGAUAUCAUUAAUAGCAAAGGGAUUGCUGUGAUAGAUUGUUCAUGGGCCAGAAUCGAUGAAACGCCUUUUGACCCAAGGCCCACGAAUGGUAGGUGUUUACCAUUUUUGGUAGCUGCCAAUCCGAUUAAUUAUGGAAGACCUAUGCAACUCAGUUGUGUGGAAGCUGUGGCAGCUGCCAUGUAUAUUACAGGCUUCAAAAAAGAGGCACGGUUUUAUUUGGACAAGUUUUCUUGGGGACAUUCAUUUAUUGAUUUGAAUGAAGAAAUUCUGGAGAUAUAUUCAAAUUGUAAAGAUAGUCAGGAAGUCGUUCAAGAACACAUAAAAUAUAUAGAAAAACAACAACAGCUUCAACAGGAAAGACAAGCAUCUAGUGAUUUCCCACCAAGUUCAGAUAGUGAAGAAACUUCAAGCGAAGAAGAUAGUUAAGGCAACUACUUUUGAUGUAUUAAUGAUUAUUUUCUUAUAAAGUUUUAUUUAUGCCUGUAUAUUUCAUAAUUUUAUUAAAAUAGAUAAAAAAGCAA